AUGGAGCUUCAUACAAGAAAUGGGAAGAAAUAUGAGAUGCCUUGGGUUAUCAUGGGUGAUUUCAACUCCACAUUAUACAUCUAUGAAAGACAAAGAUAUUCCAUUAACCCUACUCAAUCCCAUCCCAUACUUGUUAACACUAUUACUUCUUUAGGCCUCAUGGAUAUACCAUUCUCAGGAUGCCCUUUCACAUGGUCAAACCAUAGAGAUCAACUGAAUCAAGUCAGAACUAGACUGGACAGAGCUGUUUUCCUUCCCAACUGGAUGAACCUUCAUCCAAAUACCACUUUAAAAAAUCUCAUACCCUUUGGCUCUGAUCAUGCUCCAAUUCUUCUAAUCACUAACCCACAAUCUGAAAAUCUGAGCAAACCUUACAGAUUUUAUGAACACUGGUUAACAAAUAAAACUUGUAAGGAAAAGAUUAAGAGAAGUUGGAGUAGUAAUGCUCAAGGAACUGAAGCUUUCAAAUGCACCAGCAAGGUCAGAUCUGUCAAGAAAGGACUCAAAGAGUGGAAAAUAAAGGAAUAUGGAGACACAGAUAGGAAGAUGAAGGAGGCUCAAGAACAAAUUCAACAGUGCUUGAACCAGCAAAUUAUAGACAAUCAAGAACAUCAAAGGCUCCAACAACAGCUGAAGAAUCUAUAUGAAAUUAAAAAUAGAAUAGCUUACCAACAGUCCAGAGAAAGCCCCAUCAAGUUUCAAGAUAGAAAUUCUAAAAGUUUUCAUGCUCAAGCUAAUUACAGAAGAAGGUGCAACCAAAUUGAUGCUCUCAAAAACAAGCAAGGGGAAUGGAAAGAAACUAGAGAAGAAAUUGCUGUCAUCCUCAAAGCACACUUCCAAGAGAUUGCUAAUUCUAACUUAAUUGAGGAUGAUCAUUAA